CUUCUCACCGAACUGGUAACGAACCUUCUCUCUCUAAAUUCAAGCAUCCCACCUAUUUACUUUCUCUCUCUAAAACCUUGAGCAAUCCUCUACCAUUUUCCUUGCGUAGUUUUUUUUGACCCCAUUGUGCGACCGCUGAUCCCUCAGACCCGUCUUGUGCGAGCACUCAUCCCUGUCACACAACUCACGGCAGAGUAGCCUUUUCACCAAUUGGCCUGCGUGCAGCAAGCCCUCUAAUGUUCAUCUGAAUUCAAUAUUGCGUCCAAUUCAAUUACGCAACGCAAAAGCCCAAUUCAUAUCUUAAUUCCUCUGCAACUCUUUCACUUUAUCUCUAAGGACGGUGGCUCAUUUUCCCAAUUAACGGAGACCUUUCUUCCUCUCGGAGCCAGAUUUCCUUAAAGACGACUGAGAUAUUUGCAUUUCUUUCUCUAACCCCCAAAUCUCUCUCUAACCCAACUGCAUAACAGUAACCAAGAUUCAUCCCCAUCUCUCUCUAACCCAACUCCAUAACAGUAAUCAAGAUUCCCGAUCUCUCAAAACACGGCAGUCUUUUUUUUAGGAAUUUUAUUAUUAUUUGUAAUUCCCCAUCUCUCUCUACCCGUUUUUUUUUUCCAAAAACACGCAGUCUGUAAAAUCGGAAAACAUAGAGAAGCACCCAUGAGCCAACCAGAAGAGAUCAAGAAACGGAAACCCAAGGCAAGACCCGUGUCCUGCGUCUCCAUCCCCCCCCGAGCCUUUCCCCUCCCCAUCCCUCUCCCGGUGCCCCUCCCACCUCCCCCCUCCUCCUCCGCCUCCGCCUCCUCCUCCUCCUCUCUCCCUCUCUCUUCUUCUCCUCUCUCCUCACUCUCUCUCUCUGCAAUAGCAAAUGACAAUAAUACUCCUCGUCACUCCGACCUCGUCCGCCUCCACUUCUUGGGCAGCGGCGCAUCCGGCAACGUGUACCUCGUGCGCCACAUCCCCUCCUCCCAGCUCUUCGCCCUCAAGACGCUGCCCCUCUCCCUACAGGACGACGCCACGCGUCACAAUAUCCACCGCGAGAUUCAGAUCCUCCGCCAAGCCCACCACCCCCACGUCGUCCGAUGCCACGGCCUCUACGAAAUCAACGGCGAGACCCAAAUCCUCCUCGAGUUCAUGGACGGUGGAUCCCUCAGUUCCAAGAUCCUCAACGAAUCCCAGAUCGCCCUUGUUUUUCGCCAAGUUUUGCUGGGUCUCGAAUACCUACACAAGCGACGUAUCGUGCAUCGAGAUCUAAAGCCCGCUAACCUCCUGAUCAACUCACUCGAUCAAGUGAAAAUCGCGGAUUUCGGGGUUAGCCGAAUUUUAAGCAGGACCAUGGAUCCUUGCAAUUCAUCGGUUGGGACCAUCGCUUACAUGAGUCCAGAGAGGAUCGACACGGAUCGCAGCCAGGGGGUUUACGAUGGAUACGCAGGUGAUGUAUGGGGAGUUGGGGUCAGUGCUUUGGAGAUGUUUAUGGGGAGAUAUCCGCUUUUGCCCCUAGGUAAAAGUCCCGAUUUCGGGACUCUAAUAUGGGCUAUAUGCGGGGACGAGUCACCCCUUAGGUUUAUUCCCCAAGGGACAACACCGCAAUUCAGAAGCUUUCUUGAGGCUUGUUUGCAGAGGGAUGCGACGAGAAGGCCCCCUGUUUCACACUUGUUAUCUCACCGAUUUGUUGCUCCACGAUAGAGACUUGACUUUUUUCUUCCACACGACAUUUUUUUCUCUCUACCAGUAUUCGGUUUUGGAUUUGUGUGUAUUGUUUUUAGCUUGUUUACUUUUUGUAGAAAUGGAUAUACGA